CGGCACAGCUCUUGAUCGGAGCUCUGUGAGGUCUAUGAGCUCCCUGACUGGUCAAUCCCUGUGGGGUCUGUCUGGAGUAUCUGCUUUUUGGCGGCUUCGGAGUGCAGGGGUAAUGUUUGAAUGCCUCUUGCCAUUGGAUUAACAGUCUGUGCUGGGUCAAGGAACUUCUUCACGAGAGAGAGCUGAGAGAUGGGAACUUCCAUAAUGCUUGUGUGAUCUGAACAAUCAGGAAUGCGGCACCCUGUUGAGAGCCUCUUACCGAGAAAGGCACAUGCACGUUCUUCUUUGAGCAAACUGCAAAAUUCAAGGCUUUUCAGACCUCUGACUGCAACGUGGUCCCAAAGAAUCUAGUGCUGGUGAACCGUACAGACCUGAGACCUCAGUUCCUUUGCAUUUUUUAAAACAGACUACAAAUUCAGUCAUUCUUCUCCACCUCCAACCAAGUGGGACUUUAGGUUUCUCUGAUUUCUUUUGAAGCUGUCAAGAUGAUCGACUUAGGCUUCCUAACAGAGGAGGAGCAGGAGGCAAUAAUGAAGGUGCUCCAGCGGGAUGCAGAGCUAAAGAGAUCAGAAGAGGAGAGGGUCAGGCAUUUACCAGAAAAAAUCGAUGAUGAUAUUCAGCUGAAGAACAUGAGUGGGCAGUGGUUUUAUGAGGCCAAGUCAAAGAGGCACAAGGAUAAAAUACACGGAACAGACAUAAUUAGAGCAUCAUUAAGAAGAAAACCUGCAACAAUAGGUGAGCUGAGUUGGAACAAAUCAGACAAAAUGAAGAACAGUUGGGUGAACAAUGUCAAUAAAGAAGCUGUUGUCACACCAGAGCUCUUUGGUAUCCAGGAACAGCCAGAAGAAGGGGAAGCAGAAUCCAGUCCAAGUUCUCAUGCUUCGACAGUAACAUUAGACAGACUACAGGAAAGUUCCAUGAAGGCAGCAGUGUCGCCAGCAAAGCAAAGGAAAAAUCCCUUUAAUGACUCUAUUUUACCUGAUGAUGAUAAUUUAAAGAGCAGGGAGUCAGGAAAUGGAACAGCUGGUCUAUCUUGGACACCAAAUGAAGAUUCUCUCUCACCUUCAAAGGACAGCCAAUCCAAGACAAAGUUGCUUAACAGUGGGUCUGAGGAACCUAGGCAAACUCCUACAGAACCAAGUGAUGAAUCACAGAAACCUACAGAUCAGCCACCUGUACCAAAAGCCAGGAAAGUCAUCUGUAAAAUAACAGAUCCCAUGAUGCAGAAAGAUGCCUCUUUACCCAAGCCUGCCAAAAGGACAAAUCAGGUUAAUGGGGCUAGUACACCACCUCGGGGCAUUUUGAAACGCAGCUCAAGUUCCAGUUCCACUGAUUCAGAAGUUCUUCGUGUUAAUCAGAAGUUGGAUGCCCAAAAUAAGAAUGGUGUGCCCACUUCAGCUAUUCUUGAAGGCGUAGCUGAGAAGAAUUCUCCUAUAGAAGUAGCAGAAGACAAUUCACAAAAUUCAUUGGAAAGAUUAAAACAAGUCAGGUUCUCUUAUAGUAUAGGUGAGAGUGAGCAACUGCAGAGUCCCCCAUUGCAUCAAGGCAAAGAAGUAGGAGAGUUUGACUUAUUAGAAUUUGAUGAUAAAAAUAGUGCAAGUAACACUGGUAGAUCGGGUGCUCCUGGGAAUGAACAGUCUCUUGCUGUAAAACCUUCCCAUUCUUCUUCAUUGGCUUUAGAUAGUAAUGUGACAGGCAGAGACAUUUUGCAAGAAAACAUGUUAGUGCUGAAUUCUCAUGAUGCUGAAGGGUCAAGCUUAUCAGCUACUGAAACCUCACAGCCAGAAAAAAGCCCUUCUGCAGAACUCAUGACUCCAACAGCCUUCUCCAGCAAGAUCUCAGUAAAUGGCACAAAUGUACCAACCGUCGGCGAGACAUUGCCAAACAAAUCUAAGCCUCACCUGAACCCUGAAUCAGAGUUGCUCAAGAAUGCUAUUGAUCAGCCCCUGCCUUCUGCUAAGACAGAAUCCCCUCAGGUGCCACGUGCAGACCUUCAGCAAGGUAAGCCUGCUCUUGUUGAGGGUCAAAGUGCCAAAACCACUUCCCAGCCUGAUAAACACAUUGCUGAGUUUAUGAAAGCAGCUGAUGAGUCCAUAUCGAAAGUAUUAGACUGGUUUAAAAGAAGCUCCAGUGCUGGCGAUGACAAAACUCAGUCAGAGAAAUCUCAGGGGAGGGAACCCAAAGAAGAACCAGACUUUCCAGCCAAGACAGUUGCAGAUAAUGGAGAACCAUGCAAGGAUGAAAACAAGCAACCGACAAGAGAAUUUUCAUUUGGCGAGAAUGGGAAAUCACACAGUGUUUUGCCGAGAGGACUUGAGACGGAAGAAAAGCAAAUGCUGAAAGAGAAGGAAAAACAUAAUCAAAAUGGAGAGAGAGAAGAAACAAGAUACAAUGAAGAAGCACGUAAAGAACCUAAGUUUCUUAAAGAUGGCAAAGGCCAGACAGGUUCAAAGAGUUUUAGCUCUACAGGAAACCUAAUUGAAGAGUCAUUGGAAAAUGACAUACAAACCAACAUAAAGGAAGAAGGGGAAAAUAUGUCUACUGUCAAAUCACCUUUGAAAGAAGGCAAUUUUGCAUUACAAACUGGAUUUGAUCAUAAAAGGUUAGAGCAAGAACCUGACUUGCUUGAUCAAGGAAGCAUGCCAUUAGAUCCACAUACUUUGAGGGGGAAAACGGAUGAAUUGCAACAGUAUGAAUUUAAGCAGUCAGCUCAGAUAACUAUUCCAGAUGAGGCCACAAGAGAAAAAAGAAAAGUAAAGGAUAUUAGGGCACUCUGGGAAAGGGACAAUGCCACACCUAUGCAUCCAAAUAAAGAAGCUAUUUUACAUACGGGCCCAGCAGCUAUUAGCACAAUGCUUGAAGAAAGUAGCAAGGUAAAAGAAUCUAAAGACCAAAGCGAGUCUAGUUUGGUUGCCUUCAGAAGAGUUGAACUAACUAGUGAUGAACAGUCAUCUGAAGAUGAAUAUCUAGAAUCCUCUAACACUAGAUUUGAUAUUACAUCCAAACCUAAAGCAGAUGAAAAACUAACAAAAACACUUCCAUCUGAUGGGAAGGGUAAUGAAUUUGCAAAAUUGCCAAAAGCAAAUAAUUUGUCCCCAAGAAUCAAUAUUUCUCCCAUCUCCUCAAAAAGCAAGUAUGAAGAUGGGCUAGAAAUGUGUUCAGAAAAAGAUACCACCUCUCCGCAACAGAAAGCCAACUUUAAGGUUUUGUCUUUAAAAGAAAAAAUAAAUGAGAAGUCCAAGAAUCAAAUUUCUAAUCCUUUGCAGUUUCAGAGUUUGAGACAAUUUUGGGGUAGUGGAGUUAAACUGCAGGAAAAUGAAGGUACUUUACCAAAUACUGUCAGUACUGUAGCCUACAAAAAGGAGUCAAAAGAGGUUAAAGAAACCAAAACUGAGCCAAGCAGAGAAGACCCAGUGAUUCAGCAGCAGAACCAACUGUCCCAAAGAGAAAGAACGGAGAAGCUAACUUUCAAAGGAUCAUCUACACAGGAAGGGCAGCCCGUUCCCUGGUCACUGAAAAUGACCUCAAAGGGAAAUGCAGAAGCUGUUGAAAUAGUAGAAAAAAAUGUAAGACAAUUGGUGAUCUCAAAACCUGAAGAAAAAGUGGAUCCUCCAGAUCGGGAAGUUAAAGAAUAUAUAGAAAAAAGUAUUGCUCUGUCAAAAACACAGGAUAGUAAAUUUAACAGUGGAUUACAGAAACUGCUUAAAGAAACAUCUGAGUCUUCCUUUCCACCAUACCAACCAGCUGGUGAGAAGGAUGCUAGAAGAGGUGAGGCAGGAGCAGACGAACAACAAAAUUCUUCUGUGAAAAUGGUUCAGAGCAAGACUGCCCCCAUGGACGUCAAAGAACAAGCAGAACCUCCUAAGGAACCGGUUUUAGAGACAAUAGACAAAACAGUUGCCCUACCAGAAGUAAAACCUGAUAGGUUUAAUGCUGGCCUAGAAAAGCUGCUAAAGGAAACCUCUGAACCAUUAUCUUCUUCCAGUCUGAGCACACCGGAAGCCGUUUCUGAAAGGAUGGUUUCUUCACCUGGGCAAGCAAGAUUCUUUGAAAAGGUGAUGGAACGGAGUCUCAGGAUGUCUCCUAGUGCUCAGAAAGAGGAAUUGUUUAAUCGAGAAGUGAAGGAAACGAUUGAAAAAACAGUUGCUGCACCCAAAGAUGUGCAUAAAGAAUCUAAAAUUGGUCUAGAGAAGCUUCUUAAGGAAUCUGAGGCCUCCUAUCCCUUAUAUCAGACAACAAAUGAGGAUGAAAGUAUCCAGAGAGAGACUUCUUCUGAAAAAAUCUGCCCAAAUUCUUUCCAAAAAGUGUUGCAUACUAACAUGCCUGCUCUUGUUGACACCCAGACUACAGCACAGGCUCCUGGCAAGGACGUUUCAGAGACUGUAGAAAGAACAGUCAUUCCACACAAAUCUGAACUCUGUACUUUUGAUGUUAAUUUUAAAAAGCUACUUAAGGAGGCAUCCACAAUCUCUCCUUCACUGUAUGAUACAGAUCAAAACCUCAAAGCAGUCUCUGAUGAUAAUUCUAGAAAAGAUCAGCAGAAGUGUAAUGAGCUGCUGAUAGACCUUAGCCAGGAAACAGCUGAGACCCCUGAGAGCACUGCAACUAUAUACAAGGAUAAUGUUAAGCCAUUUGAUACAAGCUUGGAGAAACUAUAUGGAGAGCCAGCUGAAGUGCUGUCACCUUCACAUGGGAAAAGUGGAAAAAAUGUAAGCUCUCAACUAAAGGAACAUCCUGAUUACUCUGCUUCUUCUUCUUACCAACCUGGAGAAGUAAAUGAAAUGGUGACAACAACUGUUCAACCAAAAUCUGAUGUCGGCGAGUUUAGUGCUAGCUUGCAGAAACUGCUGAAAGAAGCCUCUCUGUUUUCGCAUCCUGAACAGAAAAGCUUAGACACUGUAACUCAUGAUAUAGUGAGUGUUAAUCUACAGCCUAAGCAGAAUGUGGAGUCUGUAUCCCAACAAGAUAUUACCUAUCCUCAAGAAGAAAAUGAAAUAAUAGAAAAAGCUGUUGCUCCAUCCAAAGCAAAAUUCAGUGAAUUUAAUUAUGGUUUAGAGAAACUACAGAAGGAGGCUUCUGAAACAUCACCUGGUAGCCUGGGAUGUAUGGACAACGCUGUGCAGAGGACUGCUGAUGUACAACCUGUAGACUUGACCUCUCAACAAAAUAUAAAUCAUCUUCCGGAAGUAAGUGAAGCAAUAGAAAAAUCUGUUGCCCCUUCCAGAUCUGAGGUUGGAGAGUUUAAUACUGGUUUGCAGAAGCUGCUGAAAGAGGCAUCUGAAAUACCACCUGCUGACCUGAAAAGUUUGGACAAAGAUGGAACGCAGCCUUCCCAACAAGAGAGUGGCUGUGUUCAAGGAGUGAAUGAAACUGUAGGAAAAACUGUUGUUCCAGCAAAACCAGAAUACAGUACUUUCAAUAUUAAUUUAGAAAAACUUCUUAAAGAAGCAUCAGAAGUUUCCUCUCCUUUAUCCAAGGAGAGGGGUGAACAGGAAAAGCCUAAGGAUUCAGUGUCCCAGUCAGAAAAGGGAAUUUCAUCCAUAAAAAUGUCACCAUAUGGUCAGAGGGCUUCAGGUGGCUAUCGUACACAGCUUAAGAUAGGACUCAAGAGAGAGACUUUGAAACAAGAUGACAAAGCCUUUUUAAAGGAAGAUAUUGCAGUAAAUGAACCACAACUUUCUGAUCCCCAUGAAAGGGGUGCAUUUCAGAAAAUAGAACUGAUUAACUUGGCAUCAACUGAACCAGCACCCCAAGAGACAGAGAGUAGUACAGCUAUAAUCAAAAUGCUAAAGAUACAGGAAAAAGCAGGAGAGGCUGAUAAAAGUGGUUCCUUCGCAGAUACUGUUGAGAAUGCACCUGAAGUGAGCAAACCACUUGGAUUCAGAAGAGCAAGCACACCACUUGAAGGUAGCUCGCCCAAGAUAAGCAAAGGACAACCGCUUCUAGCACCUUCUUGUCAUGACGAUGAAGAUGACACGAUAAGUUUAGGCUCAGAUGCCUCAGAUGGAAAUUCUGAUCCUCAGACAGGAAUCAGGAGGAGUUCAACUAGUUCAGAAGAAGAAUUAAAUCCUGUUUUGAUGGCUUUGAAAAGGAGUGCAGAUAGGAAAAUGCCUUCCAAAAGUCUAGAGGAUAUUUCAUCAGCCACAUCAAAUACAGGAAAAGUAGAUAUUCCAAGAGAAGAAUUAGUUCUUAGUGCUGAAGAUGAUCAGAAAACAGAUGAGCAACAAGAGAAAAAUGAAAAAGUUCCCGGAAUUUCCACAGUGCCUUCAAAACCUGAUAACCAGUUUUCAAAUCCUGAAAAAGUUAAAAGGCUGAGCAAGUCGGUACCAGCAUUUCUACAAGAAGAGAGUGAUGACAGAGAGACAGAUACAGCAUCAGAAAGCAGCUAUUCCUUUGGCAAAAUCAAGAAGAGCCCCAGCUCUCUAACCAAUCUUAGCAGUUCCUCUGGCAUGGCAUCCUUGUCUUCUGUGAGCGGAAGUGUGAUGAGCAUCUACAGUGGAGACUUUGGCAAUGUGGAUGUGAAAGGGAACAUUCAGUUUGCUAUAGAUUAUGUAGAACAGCUGAAGGAGCUCCAUAUUUUUAUUUGUCAGUGUAAAGACUUGGCAAUUGCAGAUGUUAAGAAGCAGCGUUCGGACCCGUAUGUAAAAAGUUACCUGCUGCCAGAGAAAUACAAGAUGGGCAAAAGGAAGACCUCUGUGAGAAAGAAAACAGUGAAUCCUGUCUUUAAUGAAAUACUGCGGUAUAAAAUUGACAAGGACCUCUUAAAGAACCAAACGCUAAAUCUCUCCGUCUGGCACAAUGAUAUAUUUGGACGCAAUAGUUUCCUGGGUGAGGUGGAGGUGGAUUUGGGAACGUGGGACUGGAAUGACAGAGUGAAGAAGCAGAUGAACUGGUUCCCACUUAAACCAAGGACUCCAACAGCAGCUCUCGAACUAGAAAACAGAGGAGAGAUGAAAGUAGCCCUCCAGUAUGUCCCAGAACCUGUCGGGGGAAAGAAGACCUCGCCCACAGGAGAGGUUCAUAUCUGGGUGAAGGGAUGCAACGACCUCCCUCUUCUGAGGGGCAACAGGCUCAACUCUUUUGUUAAAUGUACCAUUCUUCCAGACACUAGUAGAAAAAGCCGCCAGAAAACGAGAUCAGUGGCAAAAACUACCAACCCAGUGUUCAACCACACCAUGGUUUAUGAUGGCUUUAGGCCUGAAGAUCUGAAAGAAGCCUGUGUAGAACUCACGGUCUGGGAUCACAACAAACUAGUCAAUCACUUUCUGGGAGGUCUCAGGAUAGGUCUUGGAACAGGUAAAAGUUACGGAACAGAAGUGGAUUGGAUGGAUUCUACUCUGGAUGAAGCUGCCCUAUGGGACAGAAUGAUGAAGUCUCCAAACACGUGGGUAGAAGAUACGCUACCACUCAGGAUGCUCAUGAUAGCAAAGCUGACAGAAUAGGAGGACUUUGUAACUGAUAAUGGCCAAAACAGAUCUUGAAAGUUGUGGGGAAGGAAUAAAAUAAAGCUAGAAACUUCGUGGACUUCAUAGAACAGUAUACUGUGGCAGAUCUUUAGACAGCUGUUUUGUCUUGUUCUUCAUUUGUGCUGCUAAAUGCCUGUAGAAUUUUUUUUUUCACAUGAAGGCCUUUCAUUAUUUUCUCACUGAAAAUGAGUGAAAAGAACAAAGAAUGGUGUAACAGAAUGACAGCAUAGGUACCAGUGGUGUGUUUUAGAGUUGAAUGGAAUACCUAAAAACUGUUGGUGCUUCGUUCAGUAAGUUUAAAUUGCCAGAAGACUAAAACCAAAAAUCUGACCCUUUCCAGCUCUUUCCAGUGUCAUUUGCGGGGCAUUGUUAGCGGUCUGAUAAAUGGACGGUACCUCUUUAUAUCGGCUACUGUGGGUUAAUGCAUCAUUCAAGUUUUCUUAGCAAAGGGUGUAACAGCCAUAGUUCAUAAAAGGAAUUCUAUCUGUUUUAAAUUUCCAGGGCAUGGCGAAAGUUUCUAAAUUGAUUAGAAGCCUUCUAUGAAAUAGUGGUUUUGGUCUCAUUCUGGUAGGACGCUUGGUACCCUCAACUCCAGCUCAAGUCAGUGGGAACAAAGGGUUGCAGAGUACGAAGAAUCAGUGUCCUGAAAAGGGUUUGUCUUUGUGUGUUACAAAUGUUAUUAGUCUUAAACAAAUCUCUAAAUUGGGGAGACUGAAUGAAAAUGAUGACUUCUAAUGUACUUUGUUCAAAUGUUACUCUGAAGAAUCUUUUUUUUUUUCCUCAUUGGUUAUAUUGCUGGUUUUAUUAUUGAAAAAUUGAAUAUUUAUUUUUUAAAAAUGUUCAUUGCCUGCACCGAAGACUGAUUUGCCUUGUAGGCGUGUGCAGCACUUUGUUUGUACUUCAGUGCCAUUAUGACACAGCAGGGAUUGAGAUGUUCUUGGUUUAAACGAACCUACAGCAUAUGCAACAGGAAGCAACCGUCUCAGGUCUAUAGGAAUGUAAUAUAAGAAAGCUGAACGUAUAACUGGGGCAAGAACAACAAACCUGGGCUUUUAACUAAAAGCAGCCUGUUAAAGCUACAUUGUGCUGGGAAUAAAUGUUUAAUUAAACAAUACACAUGAUCUUAUAUUUACAUCUUAUAAAUCUAUGCAAUUUUCAUAUUGUAUUGUAAGCUACAGGCCUCAAAAUAAAUG